CUGCUUAUACGCAGUCAUUAAUAAAAUAAACAAGAAGAAGGCAAGAGAACCCAGAAAGCAUCCAUCGACACUCAGAUGCACAGGGGGAGAGAGAGAGAGAUUGAAGACGACGGCGAAGCGAGUGGAAUAAUAAUUUACUUUCAGUUUCAGUUUCAGUUUGAGGUUUUGGUUCUCAAUUAUUCAUCCUUUCUCUUCAAAUCUACUCUUAAACACUCGCUCUUCUUCUUCAAAAACAUUUAUUCCCCCAACAAAGUUUUUUUUUUUUUGUAUUAUUUGUUAUUUGUUAGUCUCUUUUUAUUGUUCGAAAUAAUGACAAUGAUAGUAACCAAUCAUAUUAAUAUUAAUAACAAUACUAAAAUUGUUUAUUGAUUUCUGUCGUCGUCUUCUUCUUCUUCUUCUUCUCCUUCUUCUUCUUGUGCAUGUUCCGUUUCCAGGAUUGAAUUUUCUCUAGUGAUUGAAUUUGUGUGCUGUAACCGAAUGAAAAGCGCGCACGCGGUUUCGUUCCCUUUUCCUCUCAUUACUUUUGGAUCUUUUUUCUUCUCUCUCUCUCUCUCUCUUCAAAUUGAACUUCCCCCCAACAAAAACCUUGUGUUGUAUUUGUAUGGCCUCGAUUUUGCUUUGAUUCUCUGUCUGCGGUUCUAAAAAUUAGUCGAUAAAAAAAGAUUCAGUUUCUUUAGUCACGCGAUUCUCGUUUUUCUUGUUAUUUGUCCAACCCAAAAAAUAUACAGGGAAGGGGAGGAGGAGAAACAAGAUUCACGCUGGAUUCAGCAAUCUCAAUCGCCCAAUAAGAAUUCCCCACAAGAAUUUUAACAAGAAAGAAGAAACUGGUUUCGUAGAUUUGGGGGCGAGCGAGAUGGAAGCGUGCGUGCGUUCAAUAGACGAGGUGGUGGAGAAAAUCAUGAGAAUUCACGGAUCUCUGCCCCCCAGGCCCGAUAUCGACGAGGUGGAAGCCGCCAGGGCUUUGAUCCGCAAUGUGGAGAAGGAAGACCAAUCGAGGCUCGAUGCCAUUGCCAGACAGACGAAGACGCCCGACGUCCCCGAGGAAUUGUUCAUGAUCUUCCAGGAGAUGCAGAAGAAUUUGGUGUAUUUCCAGACCAAAGAGCAGAAGACUGAAGCCCUCAAACUCCUCGAUCUCGAGAACGUCCACACCCUGUUCGACGAUUUUAUCCAAAGAGCCUCCAAGUGCCUCCCUUCUGCCUCCAACUCUUCUACGACAUCCACUUCUGCGGUUUCCGGCACUAACAGUUUGUCUACUGCUGCUGCUUCAAGUUUCAGGGCGGCUUUUGAUUCGUCUUCUUCUUCUGCUGCUGCUGCGUCCGCGUCUGCGUCCACUAGCUUCUACCCCCCGGGCAAGGAACAACCCCCUACUAAAACUUCUGAAUUGUUCACCAGAGACGACAGUUAUUUAAUGAAGGCCAAGCCAACAUUCUUCGGUGAAGGAAUCGGGAGUGUGGGAUUGCGACCUGGCGAUUCUACGAUGCCCCAAAUUCUGGAUUCUUCUCUAAAGCCUGCAAUCACUUCUGGGCAAGAUGGUGAGAAAUUGAGUCUGAUAAAGCUUGCUAGUUUGAUUGAAGUUUCUGCUAAGAAGGGCGUUCGGGAUCUCAAUCUCCAGAACAAGCUGAUGGAUCAAAUUGAGUGGCUGCCUGACUCCGUUGGGAAGUUGUCCAGCUUGAUCACUUUUGACCUGUCCGAGAAUCUAAUAGUGGCUCUUCCAGUCACAAUUAGAGGGCUUUCAUCUCUAACAAAAUUAGAUUUGCAUUCGAACAGGAUACUUGAGCUUCCUGAUUCCAUUGGAGAUCUCCUUAACCUAGUCUUUCUGGAUCUGAGGGGGAACCAGUUAACUUCUCUGCCUACUACAGUUGGUAGAUUAGUUCGUCUGGAAGAGCUUGAUUUGAGUUCAAAUCGACUUUCUUUCCUUCCUGAGUCGAUUGGUUCCCUCAUUAGUCUAAAGAAAUUGAGUAUAGAGACUAAUAAUAUAGAAGAAAUACCGCAUACUAUUGGUCAGUGCUCAUCCCUCAAGGAACUCCAUGCAGAUUACAACCGGAUUAAAGCCCUUCCAGAAGCCGUAGGAAGGAUUGAAUCCUUGGAGAUUCUGUCAGUUCGUUACAAUAACGUCAAACAGUUGCCAACAACCGUGUCCUCUCUAUCAAACCUGAGGGAGCUUGACGUGAGUUUCAACGAGCUUGAGUCGGUGCCAGAGAGCUUGUGUUUUGCGUCCACUCUUGUGAAAAUGAAUCUGAGUAAUAACUUUGCUGAUCUGCAAUCCCUGCCAAGGUCCAUUGGGAAUCUUGAGAUGCUUGAAGAGUUGGAUAUUAGCAAUAACCAGAUACGUAUCAUUCCAGACUCUUUCAGAAUGCUAUCACGGUUGCGAGUCCUGCGGGCAGAAGAAAAUCCUCUGGAAGUGCCGCCUAGACAAAUAGCUGAAAUGGGUGCACAGGUAAUUUGUCCCUCAUUUUUUUUCUUUUGCAAUUUUUGGGAGUUGUUCCCUUUUUUCUUAGUUUUUUGCAUUGCUCUUCAGGCUGUUGUCCAGUAUAUGGCUGAGCUUUAUGCAAAACGAGCUGCUAAAUCACAACCAGUCAAGCAGAAAAAGACAUGGGUUCAGAUUUGCUUCUUUUCAAGGUCUAAUAAGAGGAAGCGCAAUGGUAUAUAGACUAUGUGAAAGGCUGAUCUUCAGUCUGAAGAAAUAGUGCGACAUGAUAUAUCUUUGUUAAGUAAGUUGAUUUCGCCCUUUUUGUGGCAAACUCAUUUGUUGAUUUAGUAACCAGAAUCAUGGCCACCGGUGUGAAAACAAAGAGUGAGGAUUUUUCACCAUCACAGUGAGAUUAUAAUUCAUUUUAAAGUAAUGGGCUAAUGUAUGCAUUCCUCAUUGUCGCCGCCUCCUCACUUGAGAUGUUUUUCUUGCUUUGCUUAACGGGGCUUGACAAGAAGGGACUGAAUUGUAGGGGAGUGUGGAGAGGGGGAAUGGACCAAAACCAACUAUAAAAAUUGACAUACUGUGGCAGGGUCAUAGGUGUGUUUGAUCAAGUUAAUCAACAUUCAUAGCCACUAAUGUGCUUAUUGUUGUUCAUCAUGCAGGGAAAUCCAGCUGUUACAGCGGAUGAGAACUGGGAUCUCCACAUCUAAGUAGAGCAGUGAGCUUUUCCAAGUAUGGUUCUGAAUCUUGGCUUCCCAAACUGUAGAUUUUAUUUUAUUCUUUUUUUUUUUUUUUCUUCAUGUUUUUGGGCUCCUGGUUUACCUUACUGUAUUUCAAUUGUUUUGAAGUGUAAUGAGAUGUGUACAAUUCAUGCGGCAAAAAGAGAAGAAGAGAUGAUGUACCCGAUAUCGCUCACUGUUAAAACUAUUAAGCAGGCUCACCCUUUUUUUUUUUCACUCCAGUUUAAAAAAGAAUCUGGAAUUUGUUUUUUGUAUCUCCUUUUGUUACUGCUGUACUGAAAAAUGGGUUAAAUAUUGAGUUCUGAAUCA